AUGGCGCACCUGAUAAGACGCUCAUUAACGACACAAGCGAAAAAAUUAACAAUAGGGUUAAUACCAGCGGAUGGUAUCGGUAGAGAAGUUAUCCCAGCUGCACAACAAGUUCUUGAGGCACUACCAACUGAGCACGAUAGUCCACGUUUUAAUUUUAUACACUUGGACGCAGGCUUUGAGUAUUUUCAAAAACAUGGGACGGCUUUACCAGAAAAGACCUUGGAUAUUUUAAAGAAUGAAUGUGAAGGAGCAUUAUUUGGUGCUGUCAGUUCCCCGUCACAUAAAGUUGCCGGAUAUUCAUCGCCUAUCGUGGCCUUAAGGAAGCAUUUAGACCUUUACGCGAAUGUCAGACCCGUUAAAUCUGUCAUAUCCGAUAAGGAUACUAAUCAAAAACCUAUAGAUAUUUUAAUCAUUCGAGAAAACACCGAGUGUUUGUAUAUUAAACAAGAAAGACAGGUCAUAGACGAGGCUACCGGAUUAAAAGUAGCAUGGGCAGAUCGGAAGAUAUCCGAAUUCGCAUCCAAACGUUGUGGUAAAAUGGCAUUUGAAAUGGCAUUAGGAAGGAAUGAGAUACGCCAAAACAUACCACUGAAUCAAAGGAUAUGGAAGUCAAAACCAAAAGUUACCAUUGUGCAUAAAUCCAAUGUAUUAAGUAUUACGGAUGGAUUAUGGAGAGAAAGUGUGAGAAAUGUUAAAGAGAAUAAUCAUAAAUAUGAUGAAGUUGAUAUGGAAGAACAACUCGUUGAUUCAAUGGUGUAUCGACUUUUUCGUGAGCCUCAAGCUUUUGACGUUGUCGUUGCUCCAAAUUUGUAUGGAGAUAUUAUUAGUGAUGGCGCCGCAGCAUUAGUUGGAAGUUUGGGAGUAGUUCCGAGUGCGAACGUUGGCGACACUUUCGUAGUUGGAGAACCAGUACAUGGAUCAGCACCGGAUAUUGCAGGUCAAAACAAAGCAAAUCCAAUCGCAGCGAUCCGAAGUGCUGGAUUAUUAUUAGAGCAUAUUGGAUAUCAUAAACAAGCGCUUCGAAUUUAUAACAGUGUAGACAAUGUAAUGAGAGAAGGUUAUGUUCUUACGCCUGAUUUGGGAGGUAAUUCAACAACUCAACAAGUCACGGAUGCCAUUCUUAAAUCACUUUAA